CAACGCCGACUGUUUUAACAACAAGUCGUCCAGGUUCACUGUCAGACAGUCAUAAGUUCGGUGGGGAGCGCUGAGAGCUGCGACUCAAAAUGCGCGCUUGGGGAUCAAAUGCUUUUCUGCUUCUUUUCGUCUUUGCACGGACCGUCUAUGGCUUUGGGGGCGGUUGUGAAUGCAAGGCAACGGGCGAUCCGCACUACCAUACCUGUGAUGGCGUCACCCUUCAAUACCAGGGCGCAUGCGCGUAUAACUUAGCAAGCACGUGUUCUCAUGGAUCAAAAGAUGAUCGAUUCAUCGGUUUUCGCAUUUUGAUAAAGAACAAACAUCCCAUCAACCAAGAAGACGUUUCUUACGCCAGGGCCGUCAAGGUGGACUUUGGGAAGCGGACCAUUUACAUGGAUACUGCCGGAAACUUUAAGGUCGAUGGGCAAGUUAUCCAUGAUGGCGACCUCCCUUACGAGUCUAAGCGCAUCAUAGUUAACAAACACUCUGAGGGGGGCAUGGAACGCUUGGUAUUCAUGACUGACUUGGGCUUUAAAGUCACCUUGGACAUCACACGCAACGAGCGGGGUGACGUCAUCGCCGACAUCCCACCUUGGUAUAAAAACGCGGGACUGUGCGGCCUCUGUGGGAACUGGAAUGACAACCCCCACGACGACUACGCCACCAAGGACGGCACGAUAGUCGAGAACCUGAGUCAACCCAUCAGGGACGCUCUUAUAGCCGAUAGUCUUCACCAGCAUGACCCCGAGCUGGACCUGCAAGAAUGCGAAGAGACUUUAGCCAACAGUCCUUACACUGCAAACACGUGUACUGACGACCAGCUCCAACAAGCUCAGAAGAUGUGCGAUCUCGAUAACAGAAAACCUCUGAAGAAAAGUUUUAAGAGCUGUCGCCCUGUUCUGGAGGAAGAUGGCAUCAACUAUGGCGGUUAUAUCGGUGCCUGUGAAUACGCUUACUGUUCGGGGAUAGGGCACGGGAAAUCGACGGCAAACCUAGGGGCCUGCACCGUCUUGAAGAGUCUUUCCGAUCAGUGCACCGAACACGGCUCCAAAGCAAAGAAAAAGUGGAAGAAAAAGCUGAAGUGCUUUCAUUUAUUUUAAAACCUAAGUGAACCGCUUGGAGGAGGACAAGUAGAUGCGUUUAACUACCUUUAAUUUCAACAAAUUUUCAGUUUUCUUGAUGUGGCCGUGCAAACAUAGGGGAUUUUCGAUGGCAGCAGUUAUUGACAGAGCAACACUGUGGUCCUGCGCAUGCGUUCUUCGGGAAAACUGAUCGUUUGUAAUUUAAGGUGAAGGUUACCGAUUUAAGACACACGCAAGUCAAGGACAAUGAUUUAUGAACCGAAUUGUUUUUAUGGCACUCAUUGUUUCCAGACAAGAAGUCCAACUUGAAUCCUAAAUCGCAACCGUUUGCGUUUUAUUUCACUGUGAUAAGAAACCGUUAUUGUUCCACUUAUUUUUCUCUGUGACAAUGCAAUGAUUUAACAGCAUGCAAGCGCUGGCCGUAUUUAAUAAAAAGGUUGAGGGAAUCUCCACAUGCAACACCAACAGCUAUGGCCACUUAUAUUAUUCAAUCUCAGAUGUGAAAGGGAUAACAACUCUUCGUAUGAGAUUCAUAUUUCACAAUAAGUACAACUUACAGAAUAUAAUAAUAAAUUC